AUGGAUUCAAAUUUUAAAUUAUUUUCGAUAGUAAUUUGUUUGGUAGUGGUCAAGUCCGUCAGCAGUGCAGAUUGUGAUCCAAAAGAAUGUCAAGGGCCAAUUAAAUAUUACGAAGCAGCAGGUUGCAAGCCAAUUUAUCGUCAACCUGGUGAUUGUUGUGCUUACAAAUAUGAUUGUGAUCAUUUAAAACUUUUGUCAAAUGAUAAAUGUUACGUUGGUGGAGUUGAAUAUAAUGUUGGUGAUGAGCUUAGAAAAGAAGAUGCUUUGCCUUGCAAUAUUGGCUGUCGUUGUACCAAGGAAAAUGAUUCAGCUGCUCGUUUUAUUUGUGCUCAAAUAAAUUGUCCUUUCCUUGAUGAAGAAGAAGAAGAACCAGGACCAGAAUGUUAUCGACAAAAAAAGGGUACCAGUUGUUGUCCUGAACCAAAAAUAAUAUGUCCUAAAACACCAGAAGAACGACCAACUUGCAAUGUCAAUGGAAAAAUUUAUGUGGAUGGUCAUUUUUUCAAAGCUGAUGGAAAAUCUUGUGAUUGUGGGCCAAAUUAUGUAGGUGAAAAUAUCGAACCAUUUUGUGCUCCAAUAACAAAACAAGAUCCAUGUGGUUUAGAGCUUCAUCGUUCUUAUGAAAUGAAAAACAAUUGUCCACCAAUUUUUUAUAUUGAUCAAGAACCACAAACAUAUUGUCCAGUUGCAUUUAGAUGUGCAACUCCACAAGAUGUAAUUAUUAAAGCAGAAGAAAGUCAAGCUAAUGUAUCAGAUUUAAAAUGUAGCUUUGGUAAUUCAACACUGCAAAUUGGUGAUUCAUUGAAACCAUCAGUAGGAGACGAAUGUCUUGUGUGUACUUGUCAAGUACCACCUGCAGUAACUUGCAAAUAUCUUCCACAAAAAAUAUGUUAUGCAAACAAAUCAAACUAAUGUUUUUUUAAACUUGUGAUAAGCUAAAAGAUAAAAUAACUACUUUUUUUAUUUACUUGAAAUAUCUUAUUAUGUAAGAAUCGAAUUAAAAGAUAAUUGUUCUUACAGUAUCAAACAUGAAUAUUUAAUUUUAAAAAUAUUAAUAUUUAUAUUUUAUUAAAUAAUAAAUAAAAUAUUUAUCAAUAAAUUUUUAUUUUAU